CUGGCACACUAUCGAAACCUUUUUUAUCCGUUUUUACUUUUAUCUCGACAAGUUUUUGACAACAGUUUUCUUUCAAUUUGCAAUUUCAAAGUGUUACAAUUUCUAAAACUGAUUAUUUAAAAUGCCUUUUGCUCCUGAAUUACGUACUCAUUCGCAAAAAGUAUGUACUCUUUACAAAAAAGCUAUGAGGAAUAUCGAAGCAUAUUAUGUGGCAAGAAACGUCGUACGUUACCAUCAAGUUAUUUUGAGGGCUGAGUUCGACAAGAACAGAAAUGUAUCUGAUGCUAAGGAGCGGCGUCGUUUAUUGUGGGUGGGCGAACAUGAAUUGUUUUUAAAGGCUACUCCUCUGCCACCAUGUAAAUUUGCUCAUUCUGUUGGUGAAGCCGGUGGUGUAGCUUUUGAACGAGUUGUAACGCCCCCAGACUGGGUCCUUGAUUAUUGGCAUCCCCUGGAAAAGGCUCACUUUCCAGAAUACUUUAAAAAACGCGAAGCUCGCAAAUGUGAAUAUAUUCAGAAAUGGCAUUUAGGUCAACUGUAUUGAAUAUCAACGUUAGAUAUUUAUUAUGUUGUGUGAGUAAAUGUUAGGUUUGAUUCAUUAAUUACUGUUUUUUUGUUCUCAACUUAAUAUUAAUUCUACAGCAAUACAGAAAUACAUUGCUUCAUAUAAUUCUUAGAUUCAUAUUUAUU